AUGCAAACUCUCUUUUCUUCUUCUUUAGAACCAGACCUAUCUUUACACAUAUCUCCACCUUCUCUUUCAGAUUCUCUUGUCCAUAAAGGAAUAACAAAAGCACUUUAUCAUCAUAGUAAUGAUAAUAUAUGUUCAAUAUCAACUACUUCUGAUUCUGCUAGUGGUGAAAGUGAGUUAAGCCAUGAAAAUCCCUUCAUCCAUCAUCAUCAUCAUCAUGAGCCAACAUUGAGAUUAGGUUUUGGAAACUCAGAUUUGAUGAAUCCACAUCAUCAUAAUCAUCAUCUUCAUCAUCAUCAAACUCACGGUGUGUCAAGAAACUUCACUCAACCUCACAUCUACGGUCGCGAUUUCAAGCGUAAUACACGAACCGGUGUCAAAAGAAGUGUUAGAGCUCCCAGAAUGAGAUGGACUACAACUCUUCAUUCUCAUUUUGUUCACGCUGUUCAACUUCUCGGUGGCCAUGAAAGAGCAACACCAAAAUCUGUGUUAGAGUUGAUGAAUGUGAAGGAUCUAACCCUAGCACAUGUCAAGAGUCACUUACAGAUGUAUAGAACAGUGAAAACCACUGACAAAUCAGGAGCAGGUCAUGGGAUGCUACAGACACAAGGGAUUAUUAAUAAUGUUCCUUUGCAUGGAUCAGCUUGUGAGAGAACAAAUUUACCACAACAAAGGACAUCAUGGCAAGCAUCAAUAGAGACAAAUACAAACAAUACUGAAGAAAAAUCUGAAAUUGGUUUGACGUAUUCACAUUUCAAGGAAAAUGAUACCAUGGUGAAAUGUUCAGACUCUAUGAUUGACUUAGAAUUCACACUUGGAAGACCAAAUUGGGAAAAAGAAAAUGGUGAAUCAUCAAGAGAAUUACCUCUUCUUAAGUGUUAA